AUGAGUCUUAUAGGAUAUAGUACUGGGUAUAUUCAAUUCAUACCAAAUAAUGAUGAUAUUCCAGAAUGUAAUUAUUCUGAACGAUCAUUAGUUCAAUUACAUUAUCAUGAUAAUAAUAGUUAUUCAUUGAACGCAAUUGAUAUAGAAAAUAAUAGAACAGAAAUUUUUAAUCUUCUUCUAAUAGAGGAUGAUCAAUAUAAAUUUGGAUUAUCAGAUGAUGAACCUGAUGAAAUUAAAGAUUCGAAUGGAAUUUAUCGUUUAUGGUUAAAUGAAGAUUCACGUAAUUUAUUUCAUGAAACAGUGCGUGCAGUUUGUGAAAUAUUAUUAUCUGUUGAAUUAACAGAUACAAGUCCAGAACGUGUUGAUGAUAGUUCUAUUCACAUCAAUUUUAAUGAAAUGAGUAAACCUGACAUUCCAAAUCCAAUAAAUUGUGAGCCAAAAGAUAUUCUUACCAAUAUUUGUAAUUUGAGUAAAUCUAUACAACAAGGUAAUGCUAAUGAAGCUGCUCAAAUGGCUAAACAACUUGCUUCACAAAGUAUUCGACUUCAAGGAAACUCAGUAACACGAUUAAAAAAUGAAGAUAAAUUUCGAAUUCUUGUUCAAUUCGAUGGUGAUGAAUAUAGUGUUGAUCAACAUGGUGGAAUUAUUUCUGUUGAUAUUUUUCCAUCAACAACAGUUCGAGAAUUACGUGCAGCUUUUGAACUUACAUAUCAUUAUUCACCAUUUAAUCAAUAUUUUUUCGUCAAUGGUAAUUUAGUUCAUGAUAAUUCUACUAUGAGAGAUUUACAAGUUGGACCAAAUUCAUUAUUUGUUUUAUUUUUAUUAGAACAUUCAAAAAAAUUUAAGAAUAAUAAUUUACCUUCAGCUGAUUAG